UUUCAAAUUCCACCCAAACCCCUCCCUAGAAAACCCUAGAACCAUCGAUUCUACUUGGACGGGAUCGAAGAGGAGGAAGAAGAUGGGCGACAAGGCGGAGGACAAUGAUCGGAGCCAGAGCAGCGACUUCACCUCCGAGGACGAAGGCACCGAGGACUACCGCCGCGGUGGCUACCACGCGGUUCGAAUCGGCGACACCUUCAAGCUCGGCCGCUACGUCGUUCAGACCAAGCUCGGCUGGGGCCACUUCUCCACCGUCUGGCUCGCCUGGGACACCCACUCCUCUCGGUAUGUUGCUCUGAAAGUGCAAAAGAGUGCCGACCACUACUCUGAGGCGGCGAUGGAUGAGAUAACCAUUUUGAAACAGAUUGCAGAGGGAGACCCGGACGAUAAGAAAUGUGUGGUUAAGCUUCUGGACCAUUUUAAGCAUUCCGGUCCCAACGGGCAGCAUGUUUGCAUGGUUUUUGAGUACUUGGGGGAUAAUCUGUUGACACUUAUAAAGUACAGUGACUACCGCGGAGUGCCGUUGCAUAUGGUCAAGCUGAUUUGUUAUCAUGUUUUGGUUGGAUUGGAUUACUUGCACAGACAGCUGUCUAUUAUACACACGGAUUUGAAGCCGGAGAAUAUCUUGUUGUUGUCUAUGAUUGACCCAUCCAAGGAUCCAACUAAGUCAAGUGCACCUCUCAUUCUUCUGAGUAACAAGGACAAAGAUGCUUUCGGGGCAGGGGUUUCACAGCCAUUGAAUGGGGAUAUGUCUAGGAACCAGAAGAAAAAUAUUAGAAGAAAGGCUAAGCGUGCGGCUCAAGAAUGUGCGGACAGAGAAGAAGCUGAUGUUGAACAAGAAACAUCAGGGGAGGCUGAAUCAUCGCCUAAUACAAAUUUGAAUGUUCAUUCUGCCGACGACCAGAUUACUAGUUCUAUAAAUAUGAAUAGAUCUUCAGAUGCAGAUGGACUAAAGAGUGCUGAUGCAGGAAAUCAGGGUGGUCAGAGAAGAAAGAAUCAUAGCAUAAGGCAAAAGUUGUUGGCGUCAAUGGACUUGAAGUGCAAAUUAGUUGAUUUUGGGAAUGCAUGUUGGACGUACAAGCAGUUCACGAAUGAUAUUCAAACAAGACAGUAUCGGUGUCCAGAGGUGAUCUUGGGCUCAAAAUAUUCUACUUCAGCAGAUCUGUGGUCUUUUGCUUGCAUUUGUUUUGAGCUUGCAACUGGUGAUGUGCUCUUUGAUCCUCACAGUGGUGAAAACUUUGACAGGGAUGAGGACCAUUUGGCAUUGAUGAUGGAGCUUCUUGGAAUGAUGCCACGGAAGAUUGCUCUAGGUGGUCGGUAUUCAAGAGAUUACUUUAACAGAUAUGGGGAUCUGAGGCACAUUCGUCGCCUGCGUUUUUGGCCCUUGAAUAAGGUUCUACUGGAAAAGUAUGAGUUUAGCGAGCAAGAGGCUAGUGAAUUGACAGAAUUCCUGGUUCCCAUCCUUGACUUUGUUCCAGAAAAGCGGCCUACUGCUGCACAGUGCCUUCUUCAUCCAUGGAUCAAUGCAGGUCCUCGAUUAUUGGAACCAUCUAAAGAACAAAGUAGGGACAAUGGCAUUGCUGAAGAAAACAAGAAAGAAAAAGAUGAUAGGGAAGCCAUGGAAGCUGGAAUGGGAAGUAUUGCCUUAAACUCAGAUUCUAAACCAGUCAAAGAUCAUCCGACUAGUACUAAACCCGCUAAGGCUGUCACAACUACAAGGCAGAACUCUAGCAAGGAGUGACUUCUGUUGGCUUGAGCUGGAAUUUAUAUUGGAUGGGAACUGGGGUGGAUAGAAUAGCUGGCAAAUGGGCGUGAGGAAAUUUUAUGCUCUGAUUGAGAACGUUUUUUCCGAGCGCAAUUGUCAAACACUGGUCAAAUGAGAACUUCGCUAUCACUAUUCAUUUCAAUGUGAUUCAUGUACCGGAUGCCAUGUCUUUGGUAUAUUGAAAAUUUCAUCUUCCUACUGGAUAUAUUCUUCACUUUCUGACUGAAAAGUUCAAUUGUUUUUUGCAAGAUAUAAAAGUGGAGGUCUGCCGUGUUGUGUUGCACAUAUUAACCCACGAUCUCCUCUGCAACAUAUAUAACGCAAUGGACAAUGCGUUAAGGAGAGUUUCUGCCUCAUUCUUAGUGCCCAGGGUAGGACUAUAAUUAGCAUCUCUUUCU